UAAGAAGAAAAAUUGGCGCCAUUAUCUCAUUAUUAAUGGGUUUCAUCAUCUUUCCCACUGGCUACCCUGCAACCCUAGUAAAUUUUGCUUCUUUCUCCCUCAUUACAACCCCAGAAUUGCUUUUCAUUUUGUGAGUGUUUUGUUUUUGAAAUUUGGAAUUUUGUUUCUUUCAUUUGGGCUUUACAAUUCAAGGGCUCCGAAACCCAGAAGCCAGAGCACACAAGAAAUGUUUUUUCUCUUGAUCUUCUUCCCGUUCUAAAUUCUUUUUUUUUUUUUUCUCUGUUUCUCCUUUUCAAAAUUCCCGGUCAUGGAAUGGGCAUCCACUAGUAUUGCUAACCGGGUGAAGGGGAGAAAGCUCUUUCAGCAAAAGGUUGGAGGGGAAAAGGCCACAUCUUCUAAGUUUUUGGAAUCUGAUACUGAAAGUGAAAAUGAGGAGGAAUAUGUGAAGAAGAUAAAGGGAUUUAGGAGAAGAAAGAGGCGUGAUAGUGGUCAAGACCCUGAAUGGAAGAAGAGUCGAAGAUCAAGCAGCGAGAAGAUAAUUGAUGAUGAUUCCGAAGUUGUGCUACUUGAUGAUAGUAGUGAUUCUUGCCGCAGUAAAUCCCAGAGUUCAGAUUCUGUUGAGUUCAUACUUGAAAUACCAGAUAGUGAUUCCUGGAUGAAUUUGAAAGGAAAGUCAAUGAGCAAACGGAAAAAUGCUGUUGUUAGUGAAGAAGGAAAAGAAUGUGAUGUGCAAGAACUUUGCCACAGCAACAGCGAACCUGAAAUUUUUCAGCAGUCAAGCUCAAGAAGCAAAAAUGAAAACUUACCAGCUUACCCUAAAGAUCAGGGUCAACGAGGCUUGGGCACCAAAAAGCUAGUAGAAGAGCAUACAUUUGAAGAAAAAAAUAUGUUUCAGGGUAAAAGCCCAGCAUAUGCCCAAUCAAGCCAAAAUGUAGUUGAGGAAAUGAGGAGCAAAAAUGCAAAGAAUGAAGGGAACUCCAACAAUGUGUCGAGAAGGAACUCCAAUGCUGGGAGGAAGCUCAAAGGAGUUGCUGUUCUGACAAAGAACAACUCUUCGAAUAGAAGGAAUGAUGAUUCAAAGUUUCGCGUCAGAGCGACUAAAAUAGGGUCUAAAACCAAAAAAGUACAGAAAGAUGUGUCUAUAGAUUAUUCUAGUACUUCAUGUUCUUCUGAUACAGAAUCUGAUGAUAGGGAUGAUGAAGAUUUUCGAGUAGAAGAGAGCUACUCUUCUGUUGGUGUGGAGUCGCCGAUCUCCUUAGCCGAUGAAGAAGAUGAAGAAUUUAGUUGGCUAAGAGAGGGAGAAAGCACAAAAGAGGAGGUAAAGAAGAAGCCAAGUUCCAAUAAAUCAAAGCCACUUCUAUCUGAAGAAGAAGACAACAAAGACAUGAGAAAUGAAGUACAUUUGAAGGAGAAUUUACUUGGGAAGAAAUGGAAAACAAAUUGCAGCAGAGAUGAUGGGAAAUGGGGAGGAGAUAAUGGCGAUAGCCAACAUGAGACUUUCUUUGAGGCAGCAAAUCAGGAAUCUUUGUUGUCUUCAGCAAAUCAGCAAAUCAGGCAUGGUGAAUUCAAAUGGAGACAAAAUCGAUCAGCUGCAUGAAGGAGUGAAAUUUGUUGAGCCAAAGCAAACUCAGCCACAGCAAAAUGACAGCUUCGAAGGCCUAAUUAAAUCCAUUAUAGGCAAUGAUGACCAGUAGUUAUCUUCUGUGGUCUUCCAAAAGGAAAAUUUCUUCAACUUCUUGACUUGUUUGUCAUCACAGCAAAUAGGAGAGGCUAAACCGCUGAAGUAUAUUUUGUGGUAGCAGCUCGGAAGACUUGGAAUGGUUAAAUGUAGUAGUAUUUAAAAAUACGUUUGUAAACGUUUCCAAAUAGCUUAAGUUUGGUUGGCUAUUUUUUUUUAUGGAUUAGGGGUAAGGGUCUUAUUUGGGACAGAGCAAAGUUGUAUGUGGAUAAAUGUUUGCUAAUUUCCUUUCACCACUGGGCAUUGAACCACAUUUCAAAAGCGAACAUCUCAUGUAUGAGGUUCUGGAGCUUAUAAUUCAAAGUUUCUUCGGAGCAUUUACCCAUUGCAUCAUUCCAGUGUCAUCAAUAACAGAGUCUGACGAAGCCUAGAAUUAUAACUCCGGUUGAACAGUGAAACUCCGAUUAGGGUUUCCUGCAAAAGAGGG